AUGAAUAAUGGUAAAUAUGCUACCAUAGAAGCUGGCGAUCAUCAAAAAUUUUCUUCUUUAUUACAAAAAUUAACAUACUCAGAAGUACCAAGUAAUGAUGAUCUACAAGAACAUGAGCACGUAUUACAGUCAACGUUGGAUUAUGUUAAUACAGCUUUUGAAUCAUCAGAAUAUUCUUAUCUAACAAAUCACAUUUUACCUACAUUACUCAAUUACUCCGAUAGAACAGGUCUUGUACCCUGUUUAAUUAAAACUGAUUAUCCCAAAGCAUUAUUAAAAUGGCUCAGUGCAAUUUCAAAGCAAGGACAAUCAGAGGAUGUUCGGUAUAUAGUUGGUAUGAUUUAUAAUAUCAGUCGUCAUGAUGAUGGCAUACAAGCUUUAAAUUCUCUUGACACCACCGAUAGAAUCAAGGAAAUUCAGUCGCAUAACAAUGAUCAAGAAGUAAAUAUCCUUUGCUCUAUGAUUAUAGCUCUCCUGUCAACAUCUGAACAAAUUAAAAAUGAUCGUAAACGAAUGAAUAAUAUACUUGAUCAAUUAUUACAAAUUGUUGUGGAUGCAUCAAAAAGACCACCCCGUUAUCAGGCUGGAGGAUGGCACAUUUCAGAACCGUUGAUUGUUUUAAUAAGAUUAAUUUGUUACGAACGUACACUUGAUUAUAUCUUACAACAUGCACAAGUUGAAUUUGGGACAUCGUCAACAACUGAAUUUUUUAUCAACAUAUUAUUGAAAUUUCACAAAGAAAUUAGCGAAGAUGAUCGUCUCAAGCUAUCAACCUGUACAGCACUCUGCAAUAUUCUGUGGAGUAUUUCACUUCGUCCUCAAUAUAAACAAGAAUUACAAGAGAAUGAAGAAUUCAAGAUGUUGAUUGAGAAAAUAGCCACUGAUAAAGUUAUUACUAAUUCUGCUCAGUACGUACCAAAAUAUAUUGAAAACAUUCAGAAAGCUGCUGACGGUAUUCUGUGUAAUAUCAACGACAAUAAUCAAGUCAAUAUUCCAAGUGUGACAGAAGAUGAACGACGUAAACCUGUAGUUAGUGCAUUAAUUCCAUCUACGUUGACGAACAACAAGCCAUCAAUUAUGAUUAGCUAUGCCCAUAAUGAUAACAACAUUUGUACGCAGUUGUACAAUGAAUUAGCUAAGCAUAAUCAGCAAUUUGAUAUAUGGAUCGAUUGGAAAAAUAGUAAGACAGGAUAUUUAUGGGGUAAAAUAGCUGAUGGUAUAGCAAAUUCAAGUGUAAUCUUAUGUUUAUUGUCAAACAAAUAUUAUGAAAGUAAAUCGUGUCAACAAGAAUUUGUCUAUGCACAUGAUCAUCUCAAAAAACCAGUGAUACCUAUUUAUAUUUUUGAUGAUAAACCACCUGGCUGGUUAGCAAUCCAUACAUGUAUAAUGAAAUACGUUCGUUUUCGUAACAUAAAACAGCUGGAACAAGAUAAAUUAAAAGAUUUAAUUGAAAUGAUCGAAGAAAAUCUAUCAGGAACAAGUGCUAAAACAAAUGAAAAUUUGCUACCACCCCAUUCGGCACCCGUUCAUCAUGAACUGUUACCGGUUGCACAAAAACUAAAAGAAGAAGUGAAACUGAACGCAUCAAAUAAAGAGAUGAAUUCAGGACCGAAAACGGAUCUUUCUCGAAAAUCAAUUGAACAUUGGGAUAAAAGUGAUAUUAAACAAUGGUUUCAAGAGAAUAAAAUUUCAAUAGAUCUGUAUAAGUUAUAUCAAUUCGAAGAUGGUACUCAACUACUGAGUUAUGCAACUAGUCUUUCGAAUGACGAAAAAAUUGAAUUACAUCGUCAGAUAUAUUCUGAUGAAUUCGCUGAAAUGUACAGAGGUAAACGACUCUUACCACAUCAAUUUACAGCGUUUGCCUAUGCUUUACGAAAACUAAGUUCUGAACAAGUUAAAACUGAAAUGAAACAGACCGUUAAUCAUUCUGCUAUAAAAAAAACAGCUGAAACAAACAAAUCACAAAUGUGUGAAAUAUUAUAA